AUGAACUCUCUCUUCGCUGUCGUAGACAGCCUUAUGGAUCAUGCUGGAAACAAGGUCUCCCCGCAGUCUUAUGACUCGACGAAGAAACGAUAUGCCACCUACUUUCCUGAAUCUUUCCCAAACAUCCUGGCCUGUCUGCAUGACUCGGAUGAUGACCAAAGUACAUGGAAUUUCAAACCUUCUUCAUCGCGCCUCAUCCUUCGCACUAUCUCUCCUGAAGUUGAGCCUGAGUCUGAAGAGGGGCCCUCCUUCACUCCUGCCCAGGAGAUCGCAUCAUCAUACCGCAGGAAGACUCUGUCAAUUGUCAUCCCUCCCCGCGCCAACUGUUCGUUUUUGAUUGAUAGCUCAGAGGACAAUACGUUGGUUGAUGCCUCGGAGUACUGUUCUCUUGAUAACGCCCUCCGGGACAUUCUGGACACGGAUCCAAAAAUCAGCUUACGACGUUCAGAUUCCCUCACUGACUUCAAAGCGGAAGCUUUUGCAGAAAUGCUCCGUUGCCAACUCUCCCCGGAAGAUCCUCUUAUUUGUCCUCGACUUGGCUGCCGCGACACAGUAACCAAUGUCAAAGGCUUAGCGUGCCACCUUCAUUUGCAUGACAUCGUUGAUGACCGGCAUUUUAUAUGCAACUUCUGCGACGGCCGAUAUGAAACCAACCACGAGCUCGUCAUGCAUCCUUGCCCCAGUGGAUCUAUGUCAGCACCAUGCAGUCCUAUCGUCGCAAGCCUGCGCCGAGCCUUCUCAAAAAUCACUUCGAUGUCGUAACGAUACCUCUCUUUCGAUUUUCAGAUGUCGCCUAAUAUCCCUGCUCAUCUCUGUAUUCACAUCUCAUCAAUGUUGGACAUGCCGUUACUCUACUAUAUCCUUCUUACUUAAUCACAUUGACAUCCUUGAACGCCCCCUUCCUUUGGCUCAAAAGUUAGUCCCACG